AUGAAGCGCACUGCAACGAACAGCAGCAGCAGCAGCCUUGGCAGCUGCAGUGAUACCUCUGGCCCCCCUCAGAAACUUCAGUGCCUCGGCAGCAGCGGCAGCAGCUGCAGCAACAGCUCUAGCGUAAGCCGGCAGAUUUCCGUUGUAGAUGGGUCCUGUCCCAUUGCUGCUGGUGGGCCUUCGCAGGCUACAGGAAGCACAGCAGCAUCAGCCACAGGAGCAGCAGGUGUUGCUCGCAGCAACAGCAGCAGCAGCAAUAAGGUUAAAAGCGUUGGGCCCAAAGGAGGGAAGCAGCUAAACCCUGCGCGUUUUACAGAUACUUACGCCCUCCAGUUUCCCAACGCUCUAUCAGCAAAGGCGAUUGUGUGGGCAAAAGAUCCAGUCACACAAUUCUGGAGGCCCUGCAAAAUUAUACAUGCCAGGCCGAAUGCGGAGCGCCGUGCAGCAGCAGCAGCGGCGGCAACAGCAACCGCACCUGCCUCAAUAGGAGGAGCCGCAAGAAAAAAAGGCCCGUUUCCCUUGCGGGGUGCUGCAGCUGCGGCAGCAGCGGCUGCUGCUGCUGCCGCUGCACCCUCGCAGCAGCAGCAGCAGCAACCCCUGGGUGACAGCAGCAUUGCAGCAGAUUCAGCAGCAGGUGUUGCUGGCAGCAGCGGCAGCAACUGGUUUGAAGGAAGCGCUUUCGCGGAAGCAGCAACAACCCUUAAACCUAGUGACUAUGACUACUAUGUUCAUUUUCUGGGCCUCGAUAGACGGUUGGAUUGCUGGCGUUGUUGGGGAGAUUUGAGGGAAACUCGCGAAGAAUUGCCGGCGGAUUCUCCAGUGGCAGAAGAAGAAGAAAGCGAGGCGGAUGAUGAACAUGCAGGCUUAGAUGAGGAUUAUUUACGUGAACAUGAGGAAGCAACACGUUUAAAGACUGUAGAGAGAAUUUCCAUUGGUCCUCAUCUAGUUGAUUGUUGGUAUUUCUCUCCUUAUCCUGCAGAAGUACAAGAUGUACCUGUUCUAUUCAUAUGCGAAUUCUGCCUAUCCUUCUUUGUGCACGAGAGCGAGCUGCAGCGGCAUGCGCUGUUCUGCGAAUGCCGUCAUCCACCGGGAAAUGAAAUAUAUCGGGAUGACAGGGUUUCAAUGUUUGAAGUUGACGGGACUUACUUUAGGGUUUACUGCGAGAAUUUGUGUUUCCUCUCCAAGUUGUUUCUUGAUCACAAGACCUUGAGACACCCUGUGAAUUUAUUUGUAUUUUAUGUUAUGACGGAGUACGACAGUAAAGGGCAUCAUAUAACGGGGUACUUCUCUAAAGAAAAACACUCAAAGAAUAAUCUUUCUUGUCUCCUCACUCUUCCUCAGGAAUUAUCAGAGGCAACAUCAAUAGAGUUUCAAGAUGUGGUGGUUUGUUUAGAGAAGCAAGGAGUGCUGCAGGUAAAGGGAGAUUGCUGUUUCUUGCUGCUGCCACCAGAGAAGAUGCAAGCGCUGCAGAAAAGUGUGGGGCGGCCAUCAAGGCCCGUGCUGCAGCACGCGCUGCAUUGGGUACCUUAUGAUUACUAUACUGCUCCCUUAGAACCACUGCCGCAGCAGUAA